CUCCCUCCCGCGGGGGGCGGGACGCCGCGGCAGCGCCAGCGCCGCUGUCAGCGCCCGAAGGGCUGGGGGCCGUGCCGGCCGCGGGCAGCUGCGGGGGGCGGCCGCCGCGCAGCGGAGCGGCACCUGGCCCGCUGCUGAGAGCCGCACCGCGGCAGUUGCGAAGCCGCGCCGCACAGCACCGCGCCCGCGGCGCCGGAUCCCCCGUCACGGCAAAGAACAGCGCUGAAAUACCUGAGGAUGGAUAAAGACUUCCGCUACUACUUCCAGCACCCAUGGUCUCGCUUAGUUGUGGCUUACUUAGUGAUCUUCUUUAACUUCUUAAUAUUCGCUGAGGACCCCGUAUCUCACAGUCAGACAGAAGCCAAUGUUAUUGUUGUUGGUAAUUGUUUCUCCUUCGUAACAAAUAAAUACCCCGAAGGAGGAGGCUGGAGAUUUUUGAAGGUGUUUCUGUGGCUGCUCGCCAUUCUCACAGGACUGAUAGCUGGGAAGUUUCUUUUCCAUCAGCGCCUGUUUGGUCAGUUGCUCCGUCUGAAAAUGUUUCGAGAGGACCAUGGGUCUUGGAUGACGAUGUUCUUCAGUACCAUCCUCUUCCUCUUCAUUUUUUCUCACAUUUAUAAUCUGUUCCUCAUUAUGGCAGGGAAUAUGAGUGCAUACAUUAUAACAGACUUCAUGGGCAUCAGGAAUGAGAAUUUUAUGAAGGUAGCUGCAGUUGGGACUUGGAUGGGAGAUUUUGUCACAGCGUGGAUGGUCACAGAUAUGAUGCUUCAGGACAAACCCUAUCCAGACUGGGGAAAGUCUGCCAGAGCUUUUUGGAAGAAAGGAAACAUUAGGAUCAUUUUAUUCUGGACAGUUCUGUUUACUCUGACCUCUGUAGUUGUGCUCGUCAUCACUACUGACUGGAUCAGCUGGGACAAGCUGAAUCGUGGAUUUCUGCCAAGUGACGAGGUCUCAAGAGCCUUCUUGGCUUCUUUCAUCUUGGUGUUUGACCUUCUUAUUGUCAUGCAGGACUGGGAGUUCCCACAUUUUAUGGGUGAUGUUGAAGUGAAUCUUCCAGGCUUGCCAUCUGCACACAUGCAGUUCAAAGUUCCUUAUUUCCAAAAGAUCUUAAAAGAGGAAUAUCACAUACAUAUAACAGGCAAAUGGUUUAACUAUGGAAUUAUCUUCCUUGUUUUAAUCUUGGAUCUGAAUAUGUGGAAGAACCAAAUAUUUUACAAACCUCAUGAAUACGGUCAAUAUAUCGGUCCUGGACAGAAGAUCUACACGGUGAAGGACUCAGAAAGCUUGAAAGACCUUAAUAGAACUAAGUUGUCUUGGGAGUGGAGAUCCAAUAACACUAACCCACUGACCAACCGGACCUACGCUGAAGGAGACAUGUUCUUGCACAGCAGAUUUACAGGCUCUAGCCUUGAUGUCAAAUGCCUGGCUUUUAUUCCAAGUUUGCUGGCUUUUGCUUUGUUUGGUUUCUUCAUCUGGUUCUUUGGGCGAUUUCAGAAAACUGACCAAGGCAUGGAGAAUUUAGACAAAUCUUACACAAGAAUGAAACGAAAGUCACCAUCAGAUAUGGGAAUGACACGAGAAAACACACAGGUGUUAGUAGAAGAACCAUUAAGUUUUCAAGAACCACAUCUUGUAUCCAUAAAAUCAGACUUAAGUGAAAUAGUUUUUAAUUCUUCUCUCCUAACUUCUGAAAACUUGAACGCACAACUGAAUGAACAAGAUAGCCCUUUACAGCCAGUACCAGAGUCCUCUGUCCCUAAGAGUAAUCCUGUGACAUAGAGGGAAAUACCCAGGAAAAUCAGUUUAAAUAAGCAGUUACUAUAAGAUUUCAGUUUUACCUUUUGUAAGUUAGGAUUUACAUAGUGUUUAGAAUAAGAAACUCAACCUAUACCAAAAGGUGCUGAGCAUGCUUUUUCUAGGAAUUUUGGGUUUUAUUUGUAUUAUAGUAUGUGCCUACUGUAUAUCUAACAUUCCUUUAUAGAUUGCUUCCCAAAAUUGCACAAGGUGUUUAUUAAUACAUUACCUUAACUGUACAAUAGUGUAUUAGAUGAUUACUUGCAGGUAUAAAAUUCUACCGUGGUGGUGCCUUGAGACAUUAAACUGUUUUUUAACUCAACACCAGAUGUAUAGCACAGUUCUUCUGAUCUCUUUUGCAAAGCUUUUUGUAUAUGGUUAUUUCAAGUAUCAUUUGAUGUCUUGACAGAGGAGAUAAAUAUAGUUAUUCCUAAAGAAGUGUUUAUGUUAGGACAUCACAAUUUGACUUUGUUAUUUACUCAUCUGUGAAGCCAGUGACUUUGAUGACCAGACUGCAGAGAAGCAUGUCAAUUACAUUUUAAUUUUGGCUGGCUAGCUGCCAAACACAAAUACAGAUUUAUUAUGUGGUAAACAGCAGAGUGAUAAUAAAGCACGGGUCACUACUUGUGAAAAUAUGACUUUCUCCAUCAGUAAUAGCAAUUAGGUGAUAAAACCUAAUUAUAUUUUUCCUAAUUAAAGAUAAACGGCUCCUUGAUUAAAAGUUUUGCCCUUCACCUUUUAGAAACAGAGGUGAAAAUACAUGGUCAAAGCAACUCCCUCCAUCAUUACACAAAACCUAUGCAACAUCAAAGAGCCAAUGGAGUGAUAACAGUAGAGGACACAAAGCCCAUUGAAUCCAGUAUUUAUGCGGAUCGGUGCAGUUAUGGUCAUACUCCAAAUACUGAAGAAAUGUUUAAGGGUUUUAAUUAAAACAGAUUGAUAACUGAAUUUUAUUGUACACCUUUUUUUUUUCCUUCAUUCAUUAUCCAUUAGUAAGUGUAACCUGGAAGCAGAAACAUAGAGAAACUGUUUUUUUUUCCUUUUUUGAAGGGGACUUUCUAAUGUGAAUUCCUCUGUUGUAUGAUCAAACUAUAUGCACUAGAAAAACUGCAUAUCUAAAACAUCAGAAAGACUCUGAUUUACCUCUAAUUUAGUUCUAUAAAUUGUUGUUACAAGUUACUAAAUAAUAAGUCAUUUUUAAGUCUGAAUUAUUUCCCUGUCAUUUACUGGUGUUGCUGUAUUUUGUCGUUGUGACUUUUUUAUCUCCACUGUUUUGAUCUAUCUGCUUUUAAGUUUUUGGAAUGCUGAAUUUAGCAUGCAUAAUACAACUACGCAUUUAUUAACUGUCACUUGAGAGCCAGUUUUAAUAAACAUCAUUCAACAAUUGUUUAUUA